UAGCGACCAAGUUAGAAUAAGGACGCGCAAUGGCGGCUCUGUGUGGUCUUCCGAGGCUACUGUGAUGAUUUUGAUAACAUCCAAGGUGCCCUUCCGCUCUCUACGGACGGGGAUUUCCGAGCUCUUGCGACGUUCUCUCUCUGAAAUGACUUCUACGGAUGCGAGCUCAAUGAGAGCAGCUAAAAAUGCGAUUCGAAUCGAGAUGAAGAAGAAACUUCAGAGCAUGUCGGCCGAGGAUAAACUUCGACAGUCUGCGAUAGUAUUAGCCAAGUUUUUGUCCCACAAUUGCUACAAGUCAAGCAGCCGCAUUUCCAUCUACAUAAGCACAGACGCAGAGGUUUCCACCGAGCCCAUGAUUCGACAGAUUCUUAAGGACGGUAAAGAGUGCUUCAUACCCAAUUAUGAUAUGAAGACACAGCAGAUGGACAUGGUAAAAUUGUCUUCCAUGGAAGAGCUUUCAAGCUUACCAUUGACAAGGUGGAACAUCAAGCAACAUGAACACUUUGAUCCCAAGGAAGAAGCCCUCAUAACUGGUGGUUUGGACUUGCUUGUGGUUCCCGGAGUUGCCUUCACACCGGAGGGAGGCCGCCUUGGUCACGGGAAGGGCUACUAUGACAUCUACUAUGGUCGCUGCCUGAAACAGUGUCCUGAUCGAAGGCCCCACACCAUCGGGCUGUGCUUCACACAGCAGAUUGUACCCAGCAUUCCUAUGCACGAGCAUGACCUGAUCGUCGACCACCUCUUGCAUGCCGAAGAAUGAAGGCUCUGUUAUGCUCUUACGUCGAGCAUAGGAAAUGCGGUCUAGCACAGCGCACACAGAUACUGAUUGGUCGCAGAUGUUGAGUUCCUGCUCGCCGGCCAAUGAAAUGCGCUACUCCGCAUUUGCUGCGCUCAUUGUCGGAUUAUAAGAGAGCCUUAAUAUACAUGCGGUUUUAUAAUACAAGCAUGUUACACACAAACUUUAAAUUUAAAGGUAUUGUAGUCUGUUGCAGGUUUAGAAUAGUAGGGCAAGCUCAUCCCACAAAGCAAUUGGCUCUCCUUGAUUAGUGGUUUUCUCCUCUCCCGCAUUUGCUCCGCUAAAAUGCAGAGAGUGGUGGGAUUUGUAGCAGGAGCCUGUCCCACUGUUCUUAUCCUGCAACAGACUAUAAAUGCAGGUAUAGACAGGAAAACUCAUCCCAGGAGCAAAUACAAGCGCUGUGUAUUGGCGCUAGUGUUAGCGUUGUGUACACCAUGCUGCGCAUGCGUGUCAAUGCCAUUUGCUAAUCCAAGACCGCAGUUUGGGCUCCGCAAAUGCGCAGUGUGCAACAUGCAACGCUAACGCAAACGAACAGUGCUUGUGUUCGCUCGUAUACUACAUGUUACACAAAUAAAGUUUAAAAUUGUUUAUCUUUCCCGGCUCAACACAGUUGCUUUGUGUUGCGAAGAGCUACUUAUGAAUAAAAAAAAAUGUUUUUGUACCUUGUUAAUAUGU